AUGUGCGACACCCCACCCAACUGGGAAACAAUACAGCUGCCCCCAGAGCACAUCCUGCAGCAUCACGCACACUGCCAUCCCACCGACGUCGACCGCUCGCAGGAAGACUACCAUGCGGUCGGUCUAGGCGGUCUGGCUGCCAUGGCAACCGCCGAUGACCAGCAUCUCGUUGCAGGACUAAGCGCGGCGCGGCCGUGGAACAUCGAUGCGCCCGGCCCGAGCCGCCAACACCGUGGCCCACGCGUCGUCGCUGCGUUCGAUCCCCCGCCACCAAAGGAGGAGCACUACCGCGCAGUGUUGACGCCGCGGCCGGCACAGGAGGACGCGUUCGUCGCGCUGCUCCCGCACCUGCCCGAGCCCGAGGCAUUUGCCCCUCUGCUGCAAGGUGUACGCGACAGCGUGAUGCGUGAGCAGGCGGCCGGAAGGCUCGUGCUUGUUGGAGAGAUUGGCUUGGAUGCGUUUGCACGUGUGCGCAUUCGCCCAACCCAUUCGGCGGCCAACGAUGCAGAAGGGGCCCAGACACCCGCCGAAGCCGUCCUUGGGCUGCGCAACAGGCUCUCGCCGUUCAAGACGACACUCUCCCACCAAGCCGCAAUCGCCCGCUUGCAACUCGACAUUGCAAUCACCCUCGCUGUCCCGGCCAGCAUACACUGCGUCAACGCCCCCGGCGCAACCCUCGACCUCCUCCAGCGCGCGCGCGCGCACCACGGCCCCGCAUCUUUUGCCCGCACCAACAUCUGCAUCCACAGCUGCGGCGGCAUGUCGCCCGCCUUUCUCGCGCAGACCGCGCGCGCGCUCCCCAACGCCUUCUUCUCGCCUAGCGUGAGCGUGACUGCACGCUCUGGCGCCGCACGUGCAGUCGUGGGGGUUGUGCCGCGCGAGCGACUGCUGGUCGAGAGCGAUGCGCCAGAUGUGCGCGCCGUGACUCAUCUGGUGUGGGCUGCUGCAGCGUGGAUCGCAGAGUGUAGGGGGUGGAGGCUGGAGGGUGCGGAGACGGCCGAGUGGGAGCCGGGGGUGGAGGACGAGGACGAGGUGUUUGAUGAAAAGGGACGGGUGCGGGCGCUGCGUGAGGACGAGGUGUGGGCUGUGAGGAUGCUGGAGCGGAACUGGGCGCGCUUCAUGGGGAUGGACGUCUAG